AUGACAACAUCUGAAGAAAAAGGAUCUAAAAAGAGAACUAGAGAAGCUAUCAAAGAGGAAGAAAUUGUUGAUUCGAAAGCCCUAUCACAGGAAUUUAUCGAGGCACAUACUCCUGAGUUUAUUGAAGGAUGUAAAUUUAUUUUAGAAAAAGAUCCCUCCUUAUUUGACGUACUGACGUCAGGUAAUUUUAUAAACUUUGAAAUUGAUAAGAAAGGCGAUGAGAUUACUGAUACUGAAAUGAGAGUGGAAAAUUUUUUCCACAGGCUGACAUUUGUGAUAAUAGCACAACAGAUCAGCAAUAAAGCUUCAUUAUCCAUAAAGCAAAAAUAUUUGGAUAUUUUCGACAAUGAAAAACCAACAAUAAAAACUGUAUAUGAACGGUUUCAUGGAGAAGAUGGCAAUGAAUUCAAAAGCCAAAUAAGAGCAGCUGGGUUCAGUGGAAGAAAGUUGUCUUACUUUGAAUCAUUGACUGAUUACUUUUUUGAGAAAAAAACUGAAAUCGAAAAUCUGUUCUUCAUUAACAAAGCAGAUGAUGAUAUUAUCAUUGAUCAUUUGGUAACGAACAUCAAAGGUAUAGGCCCUUGGAGUGCAAAAAUGUUUUUGACUAUGGAUUUAAAGAGACCUAACGUGUUUGCUGCAGAUGACCUAGGUGUCGCAAGAGGCUGUUCUCUGUAUUUCGAAAGAAGGCCAGACAUAUUAAAAGAUUUGACAAGUAAAAGAACACAAAAAAUAAAAUCAAAAUUCAACAAAGCAAAGAGACCUACUUUUAAAGUAUAUGACCAUGAUCUAGUCGAAAGCUGUGGUGAAUUAUUUGCACCACACAGAACAGUGUUUAUGUACUUACUUUGGAGAUUAUCAUCCACCAGAGUCGAUGCAAUGACAAAAAAAAGAAUAAGAAUUGAUCCAAUAUAUUGA